AUGUGUUUGAGCAAGACGGGACCCGGGCCGAAUGCCGGCAAACUCGUCCUUGAGGAUGGGACGGAAUUCAAGGGGGUUCUGUUCGGGGCUAAACGGGCGACGGCAGGGGAGAUCGUCUUCACUUAUCCCCUGAUUGGGAAUUAUGGGGUUCCUGAUCCCGACGCUGAGGAUGACCUGGGGCUGAAGAAAUUUGUGGAGUCCUGGAGGAUGUGGCCAUGUGCAGUGGUGGUGGGAGAAGUGUGUGAGCAACCUUCACACUGGAACUCCAAGUACACUUUCCAUGAAUGGCUAGUCAAGGAAGGAGUGACUGGGAUCUCAGGCAUUGACACAAGAGCCUUGACUCAAAGGAUCAGGACAGAGGGAUCCAUGUUGGCCAAGAUAAUCAUUGAUGAAGAUCCCCCUGGAGACAAUAUUCCCUUUGUUGACCCCAAUGCCAGGAAUCUGGUUGCUGAAGUCUCCUAUCCUGUAAAAAGAGUUUUCAACCCAGAAGGAGAACUGAGAGUCUUGGCAGUUGACUUGGGCAUCAAGAGUAACCAGAUCAGAUGCCUGGUGAAACGGGGGUUCAGUGUGACUGUUGUGCCCUGGGACUAUGCAGGACUAAGUCAUCAAGACAUUUUCCAGGACUAUGAUGGACUGUUUCUCUCCAGUGGUCCUGGGGAUCCACAAAUGUGCUCCACCACUAUUGAGAAUUUGAAACAGGUUUUGAAUGCACCAAAGCCCUUUCCAGUGUUUGGCAUUUGUCUGGGUCACCAGUUGCUGGCUACGGGGAUGGUUGGCUACCCCGAGUCCAUGACGGAUCCGUCUUAUCAUGCCCAGAUCUUGGUCUUCACUUAUCCCCUGAUUGGGAAUUAUGGGGUUCCUGAUCCCGACGCUGAGGAUGACCUGGGGCUGAAGAAAUUUGUGGAGUCCUGGAGGAUGUGGCCAUGUGCAGUGGUGGUAGGAGAAGUGUGUGAGCAACCUUCACACUGGAACUCCAAGUACACUUUCCAUGAAUGGUUAGUCAAGGAAGGAGUGACUGGGAUCUCAGGCAUUGACACAAGAGCCUUGACUCAAAGGAUCAGGACAGAGGGAUCCAUGUUGGCCAAGAUAAUCAUUGAUGAAGAUCCCCCUGGAGACAAUAUUCCCUUUGUUGACCCCAAUGCCAGGAAUCUGGUUGCUGAAGUCUCCUAUCCUGCAAAAAGAGUUUUCAACCCAGAAGGAGAACUGAGAGUCUUGGCAGUUGACUUGGGCAUCAAGAGUAACCAGAUCAGAUGCCUGGUGAAACGGGGGUUCAAAGGAGAACUGAGAGUCUUGGCAGUUGACUUGGGCAUCAAGAGUAACCAGAUCAGAUGCCUGGUGAAACGGGGGUUCAGUGUGACUGUUGUGCCCUGGGACUAUGCAGGACUAAGUCAUCAAGACAUUUUCCAGGACUAUGAUGGACUGUUUCUCUCCAGUGGUCCUGGGGAUCCACAAAUGUGCUCCACCACUAUUGAGAAUUUGAAACAGGUUUUGAAUGCACCAAAGCCCUUUCCAGUGUUUGGCAUUUGUCUGGGUCACCAGUUUGGUAACAGAGGACACAAUCAGCCAUGCACUCACCAUGAUUCAGGACAUUGCUUCAUCACCAGUCAGAACCAUGGGUAUGUUGUGGAACCUGAAAACCUUCCUCCUGGUUGGUCAGUGUCUUUCACAAAUGCCAAUGAUGGCACCAAUGAAGGACUGGUUCAUGACACCAAACCUAUCUUCAGUGUUCAGUUCCACCCAGAACACAAGGCUGGUCCACAAGACCUGGAGUGUCUCUUUGAUGCAUUCAAGACUCUGGUGGAGGCCAAGAGGCAAAACCGUCAUUUGGGCACAAGGUCUCUUCUCAAGGAAAUCCUGAGCUUGAAGACAGAAAUUCCUGAACCCCCUGGGUUUGUAGGGAAACGUGUCCUGCUGUUGGGUUCUGGUGGGUUGUCCAUUGGUCAAGCAGGAGAGUUUGACUAUUCUGGGUCACAGGCUGUGAAAGCACUCAAGGAAGAAGGCAUUCAUACUAUUUUGGUCAAUCCCAAUAUUGCCACUGUGCAGACUUCCAAGGGUCUGGCUCACAAGGUCUACUUUUUGCCCAUCACUCCAAAAUAUGUGGAACAGGUUAUUCAAGCAGAAAGGCCUCAGGGGAUCCUCUUGACCUUUGGUGGCCAAACAGCACUCAAUUGUGGCAUUGAGCUUCAAAGGGCAGGAGUAUUUGAAAAGUACAAUGUCAAGAUCCUGGGAUGUUCCAUUGAUGUCAUUGUGAGCUGUGAAGACAGGAAGUUGUUUGCUGAGAAAGUGGCUGAAGUGGGGGAGAAAGUGGCGCCCUCUAAGAUCUGCUACUCUGUCAAGGAUUGUUUGGAAGCUGGGACUGACAUUGGUUACCCAGUGAUGGCCAGGGCUGCUUUUGCACUUGGAGGCCUGGGAUCUGGAUUUGCCAACAAUCCUGCACAACUCACCAAGAUAGUGACCCCAGCUUUCCAGCACACCCCUCAAAUAAUCAUAGACAAAUCCCUCCAAGGCUGGAAAGAAGUGGAAUAUGAAGUAGUGAGAGACUCCAAGGACAAUUGCAUUGUCAUCUGCAACAUGGAGAACCUGGAUCCCCUGGGGAUCCACACUGGAGAGUCCAUUGUGGUGGCACCAUCUCAAACCCUGUCCAACACUGAAUACAAUGUCUUGAGAUCCUGUGCCAUCAAGGUUGUCAGACACUUGGGCAUUGUUGGAGAGUGCAACAUCCAAUUUGCACUGAAUCCAGACAGUGAAGAGUUUUAUAUUAUUGAAGUGAAUCCAAGGUUGUCCAGGAGUUCUGCACUGGCCAGCAAGGCCACUGGGUAUCCCCUGGCCUAUUUUGCUGCCAAGCUGGCCCUGGGUGUGUCCCUGCCAAUGCUGAGAAACUCUGUGACUGCUUGUGCAACAACUGCUUGUUUUGAGCCAAGUUUGGAUUAUUGUGUGGUCAAAAUCCCGCGCUGGGACCUGAGCAAGUUCAACAGGGUCAGUGCCAAAAUUGGCAGCUCUAUGAAAAGUGUUGGUGAAGUCAUGUCCAUUGGGAGAACAUUUGAAGAAGCUUUCCAGAAGGCUCUCAGGAUGGUGGAUGAGACUGUGUCAGGCUUUGACCCAGAUUUGCAGCCAGUGUCAGAAGAAGACCUGCAGUAUCCCACUGACAAGAGAGUGUUUGUGCUUGCAGCUGCAUUGAAGGCUGGCUACAGUAUUGCCAGACUCUAUGAGCUCACCAAGGUGGACAAGUGGUUUUUGUACAAACUGAAGAACAUUAUAAGUAUGCAGGCUGACCUGGGGUUGCUGAGGAAGGGCUCCAGGAUGCCUGAGGUUGAUUUACUUCUGAGGGCAAAGCAACUGGGGUUUUCUGAUGCUCAGAUUGCUGAAUAUGUUGGCACCACUGAGCAGGCUGUGAGGAAGCUGAGGAAAAAUCUUGAUGUGAUCCCAUUUGUGAAGAGGAUAGACACUGUUGCUGCAGAGUGGCCAGCAUCUACCAACUAUCUGUACAUGACUUACAAUGCCAUCAGUCAUGAUGUUGAAUUUGAUGAGGAAGCUGUCAUGGUUCUUGGUUCUGGAGUGUAUAGAAUUGGCAGCUCAGUUGAAUUUGACUGGUGUGCAGUUGGAUGUAUUUGUGAACUGAGAAAGUUGGGCAGGAAGACCAUCAUGUUGAAUUGUAACCCUGAGACAGUCAGCACUGACUAUGACAUGUGUGACAGGCUGUACUUUGAGGAGUUGUCCUGUGAGGUGGUGAUGAACAUAUAUGAGUUGGAAGGGCCUGAAGGAGUGAUCCUCAGCAUGGGUGGUCAGUUGCCAAACAACAUAGCUAUGGACUUGUACAAGCAGCAAGUGAAAAUUCUGGGGACCAGUCCUGUCAGCAUAGACAAUGCAGAGAACAGGUUCAAGUUCUCAAGAACCCUGGACACAAUGCAGAUCUCACAGCCAAGAUGGAAAGAGUUGUCAGACUUGGACAGUGCCAGAGAGUUUUGUGAAUUAGUUGGCUACCCUUGCCUGGUGAGGCCAUCUUAUGUGCUCAGUGGGGCUGCCAUGAAUGUGGUACAUUGUCCAAGUGACCUGGAAGCCUAUUUGGGACUUGCAAGUAGGGUCAGCAAGGACCAUCCUGUGGUUAUAUCCAAGUUUAUCCUUGAGGCCAAGGAGAUAGAUAUUGAUGCAGUGGCCCAAGAUGGAGAGAUCCUGUGCUUGGCAGUGAGUGAGCAUGUGGAAAAUGCAGGAGUCCAUUCUGGAGAUGCCACUUUGGUCACACCUCCACAAGACCUCAACCAUGUGACAUUGGCUCAAAUUAAGCUCAUUUGCAAAGCAAUUGCUGCACAACUCAAGGUCAAUGGGCCCUUCAACAUGCAACUGAUUGCCAAGGAUGAUGAGCUGAAGGUGAUAGAGUGCAACUUGAGGGUCUCCAGGUCUUUUCCUUUUGUAUCCAAGACCUUGGACCAUGACUUUGUUGCCAUGGCAACCAGGGCCAUCAUGGGAGAGCCAGUGGAGCCAAUAGACUGUUUGGCAGGUUGUGGAAGAGUUGGUGUCAAAGUGCCACAGUUCUCCUUCUCCAGACUUGCUGGUGCUGAUGUGAUGCUUGGAGUGGAAAUGGCAUCAACUGGAGAAGUGGCUUGCUUUGGGAAGGACAGGUUCUCUGCUUAUCUAAAGGCUCUGCUUUCAACUGGUUUCAGGAUCCCCAAGAAGACUAUUUUCUUGUCUGUGGGCAGCUACAAACACAAAUUUGAGAUGUUGGGAAGUGUGAGAGUGCUGGAGAAGAUGGGAUUCAAGUUGUAUGCCAGUCUUGGAACAGCUGACUUCUAUGCUGAGCAUGGCAUAAAUAUAGAAGCAGUGGAAUGGCCAUUUCCUGACUUGAGUGAGGCAUCACCAGGGUUGCCAGAGUCAGAUGAGCUGAACAAUGUUGGGGACUUUUUGUCCAGGAAGGAACUGGAUCUUGUCAUCAACUUGCCAAUGAGGAAUGGAGGUUCCAGGAGAGUGUCCUCUUUCAUUACCCAGGGGUACAGGACCAGGAGGAUGGCAGUGGACUAUGCAAUCCCUCUGGUGACUGAUGUCAAGUGUGCCAAGUUGCUGAUUGAGGCUUUGCAGUUUGUGGGUGGUGAGCCCAAAUUGCAGACCUCAGUGGACUGUAUCAGUGCUGGACGUGUGGCAAGACUGCCUGGACUGGUGGACAUCCAU